GGCUGUGCUUUAACCAGGCUGACAUGUUACCCGCAGUAGUGUCGCCUCCCGGGUAAAGCUGGAAUAAUGGAAGAGGAGGAGCAGCUGCGCUCUUUGAUGUUUCUCGUGACUUACAUGCUGCUGAAGCGCAUGAGAGACAUAAACGACGCAAACAUUCAGAGACGCAACGAGAUCCAAAGACGCAUCAGACACCGCCAGUACUUCUUCCAGAGACAGAGGAGGAUGCUCAUGAUGAUGAUAGCGGGAGGUGUCCGCUCCAAUGCCCGCAUCCGCACUCGUCCCUGGACCACCACUCCAAGCACAGACUGGUGGGAGCGGGUUGUCAUGACAGAAUUCCAGCCCUCUGAUUGGCUGGAUAAGUUUCGCAUGAACCGGGAGACGUUCUUCUACCUCUGCGACAAGCUGAGGCCCCGCCUGGCUCGACGCGACACCAGUUUCCGCCUGGCACUGCCGGUGGAGAAGCGCGUAGCUGUAGCUUUGUGGCGCCUGGCAUCCAACAUCGAGUACCGCACCAUCAGCGCCUUGUUCGGUGUGGGGAAGUCGACCGUGUGCAGGUGCGUUAGAGACAUGUGUCACGCCAUCGUGGCGCUCCUCAGCUCCAUCUACCUCCGAUCGCCAGGUGAGCAGGAGCUGGAGGAUUCAGCUCAGCUGUUCCUGUCUCACUGGGGUUUCCCUCACUGCGUCGCUGCUAUAGCAACACUCCACACAGCUAUUAUCACCCCAUCAAACAACGCAUCUGACUACGCCAACCCUGCCGGCUGGCUCUCAGUCAUGUCGCAGGUGGCUGUUAGUGGUCGGGGGCACUUCUGGGAUGUAUGUGCCAGUUUCCCAGGCGGGACAGAUCCAGCUGAGAUCUUACAGAACUCUUCGCUAUGGGCAACAGCCGCCGAGGGUGGACUCUCACCUGCCCCACCACCUACCUUCAUGGGAAAAUCACUCAGGUAUGUGUUGCUGGGUGAGGCCUGUUACCCGCUCCAGAGCUGGCUGAUGAAGGCCUAUCCUGAGGAACAGGGCAGGACGGCGAGUCACGCGGCACUGACGGAGCAGCAGCAGCUGUUUAAUGGACGGCUUGCCCGAGCGCUGCACGUGUCUCAGGAGGCGCUGCUGAGGCUGAGGGCACGCUGGCAGUGCCUCAGCAAGAGGAACGACUGCGGACUGGAUGUGGUGCCCACCAUGAUCCUGGCUUGCUGCAUUUUGCACAACAUGUGCGAGUCUCACGGGGACGCAUUUAAAGCGGAGUGGCAGGUGGAGGUGGCCGAGGCAGAGAGUCCCCAACCCAGCCACAAACAGCUUCUCUCUACAAGCAUGAACCAAAGUAAUAAUGAGGAAGUCAGGCAGCUCUUCUGUGACUAUUUUGAAGAGCAAAAUAAGCUAAAUAAUUGAACACUUUUUUCCAUGUGCAGUUAUACCUUUUGUUACAUUACCAGCAUGACUGGAUUACUGAAAUAAGAAUCUCAAUCUGUUGCUUUUUUUUAUAUUUACCUAACUUUACUUAAAUUUAUGUCAUUACAAUUUUUAUUGGGCUCUUGAAUUUUCUUCAAACUGUUCUUCAAAGAGAACAGUACAGAUAACAGAACAGAAUUAAACUGAAAAACAGUGAAGUAUCUUAUAACAUGUCAGUUUUCCCUGAGCUCUUCUUGUGAGCCCACCCACACUAGAGACCAUGCUUUUCCAAGAGUCUUUAUCAAUGUUCAGCUUUAAAUCCGUCUGCCAGAUUAGCCUUAAAAUGUCACAUUUCCCAUACUGUGUGUUGGCAACAAUCUUAUAAAAGGCAGAGGCAAAGCAAGCAUUUCUAAACAUUACACUUAUUUAUGAUGCACUUUGGUGAAUUGGGUUCCUUUUAUUAUUAUUUUUUUAUGGUAACAAGAAACUCCUGUAUAUGUUUUGCUCAAAUGCACUAUUCAUACAAUAAUUCAAACUACUACAAAGGCAAUAGAUUAAACCCUUGUGAGUAAUAAAAUUAGAGUAGCAGAAAUAAAGAAAUACAAGAAAGAAAUGAAUUUAUCUUUUCAUAAUAUCAUGUUGUCUUCUUUAAAAUAUGUUGAUGUAAAUAAAAUGGUUUAACAAGUA